CGCGCCUGCCUUGGCUUAUUAUUGCAUGAACUAUUUUCUGUAGUAGCAGCACCAGUGAGCUUUUCCAGUGGCCGCCGCUUAACGUGGAGACAAAUACGAGGGAGAGAGGGAGAGAGGAGGGGUGAGGGACAAAUUAGUCUUGGGCCACAGCGGUGGCACAACGCGAGACGGCAAAGCGUUGCAGCGCAGAUCUUAUUUUGCUCGUUCGCUUGAAACGGGCGGCGGAGACGGAAUGGAUCUACCUGCCGUCGGGGAGCAUGUGUUCGCGGUGGAGGGCAUCGAAAAGAAGCGCAUACGGAAGGGCAGAAUCGAGUAUCUGGUGAAGUGGCGAGGAUGGUCAGCCAAGUGAGAUGGUGGACGAAGAACUGAACUUGUGGUAAUGACCAAAUAUGGUCACGGGAGGCGGGGCCAAGACCCUGCACGGCGUAGCUGAAGAUCAAUGGUAGCCCCACGGGUCAGAGAAAGGCAGGAGCAAAUGGUGGGAUAUCGCAAAAGAGGGCCUAAACCCAAACACCCCCUUGUCCAGCUUCCUGCGUUUGCUCGUAGAUCCAGCAUCCUGGGUGGUCUUCAGGACACAUCAUUGGAUGAGGAGAACCAGCCCAAAGUGGAGCCCCUCCAGCUCCACUGCUCUCGGCCACAGCACUACCAGCUGAACAGCAAAAAACACCACCAGUACCAGCCCAGCUGCAGGGAGAUCUCCCUCGAACAACAUGUGAGCAGGAAAAAGAAGCACUUCUACCAGCUGAACAGCAAGAAACAUCAUCACUACCAGCCGGACCCCAAGAUGUACGACACGCCACUCACAGGAGCCAAAGAGGUCAAGGUUCAAGACCCUUCCAGCAAAGUCUGGAACCUCCCUCCAGCCUUGCAACAGAAGUGGAUUCGGAACAAAGACACCGGCUGCCUGAGUAAAAUAAAAGAUCUGUCCAUUGAGCUCAAGAGCCUGCCGGAUAAUGCUAACAAAGCGGAGCGGGCACUCAAGACGAGCGCCAAAGAGUUUGCACUUCCUAACGGCAUCAGCAGCAAGAUGAAAAUAAUCAAGAACAAAAACAAAAACGGACGAAUUGUGAUUGUAAUGAGCAAAUACAUGGACAAAGGUGUGCAUUCAUCUAAAGUAAAAAACAAGGAUGUUUCUGAAGUGGAAACGCAGCACAAUGAGGAAUCUACACUGAAUAAUACGGACAGUCUUUCUGAUGGUGAAGCUUCAGAAGGCCGUGAGAAUGGCGCUGUUGAGAACACCAACACAUUUUCUUCUUCUAGUGAAUGCGUUCACGAAAACUCAAUCAGAAAGGCUGAACUUCCAAAAGCUAUGCCUACAGAGACUGAACAAGCAGUGAUGUAUAUAUGCGACCAACCAAACUCCUCUCCCAUGGAAGCAGAGAAGGCUCCUCCAUCCCACAUGGACACCAAACUCAAUCACCGCAAGAGGAACCUUUCAGAGCCCAGCGAGGACGUGAGAAACUGUAAGCAGUUCAUCAGCUCCAGGAGCAUCAGUGCACCGAACACCAUGCUUUCAUCCCCUCAGAGAGAACCUAUAGACCUGCAUUACAGAGGCUGCCUUGCCAACAGAGCCUACAGUUAUGACUUUAGCGACACCAUUCCUGAAGAGCCUAUUGACUUGAGCUGUGGUCCAACCAAAACUCUAAAACAGUUUCCCACAGCGGACAAGGUUUCAGGAAGCUCGGCGCAAGUGGAGAAAACAAACAGCCAUUUUAAAGCAUUUGUGGGUAACGUUAUCAUCACUGAUAUCACUACGAACUGCUUAACCGUGACCUUUAAGGAAUACGUUCAAGGAUAAUGACUACAAUACGAUGGACUGUAAUUUGUUCAUUUGAACCAGCUCAAAGUUGAUUCAUGUCAGAUGCACUAAUCAUAGCCAUUCCUGAUAACAUGUGGAGACAUAAGCAAACAAAACCUAUAUAUGUAGUUAUAUAUAGGUAUAUAUAGGUAUAUAGUUGUAUAUAUAUAGGUAUAUAUGUAUAUAUAGGGUUUGUUUGUUUAGAUGUCUGCUGUAUGAUUUCUAAUGCAUAAAACUGAGAUGGUUGGCGUUUUGCUGCUGUGGAAUUUAAAUUUAUAAUCCCAUAAGUGUAUAGUGUGUAAUAUAGUUUACACCUGCUUUUGAUUUUUAAUGCUACCUGAGGAAAUAUAGCGGCCUAUUGGAGAAAGCACACUGAUGGAAUUGAAGAUUGAUGUGGACAUUGUAUAUGAAUGUACCUUUAAAAAGUAUUUUUUCAGAUUGUUUUGCUGAUAUAUUUUACUUGACUGGAUGUUGCUGGCCUGUGAGGUCUUCCUGUGUAAUACAAGAUAAACAACUGGAUUGUUUGGUGUUCCCUCUCUGUAAGAAGUUUAAGUUGCACUUUAUCCUCUCCUGGAUCUCUUUUGUUAAUAAAUUCAGUUUAAAAACUCAAAAGGCUGUUUAACCUUGCAGAAUAAUAUGUAAUAAUAAUCUGUAACAGAAGUAUGACUGUGGUCAGAGAUCAUCAGAACAUGCAAACUGUUACAUAUGGCCAGAAAGCACAUGUAAGAUUGAUGCUAUUGAUUUUGUAUGUAUUGGAAUCAAUUUACAAUCAAUGCAAUGUAAUGUACAGUAUGUAAUGUACAAAUUACACAAUUAUGCCAUUAAGGUUAAGACCAUUUAUAUGCAUAAUGGCAUGUAAACUUUGAAUUAUCCGUUUUUUCAAUGCUUCUUAAAUCAAUAUUAAACUCUGUCAGAAAUAAACAUGAAUGAUUUGUUUUA